GGAGCUCUGACUGACAUGUUCAUUAAGGGCCGGACUCCAAGGGCACCUCCCCGAGAGCGCCUGAACGCGAACCGCGGCGGGCGGAGGUCGGCAGCCGUAGCCCCGCCCCCGGCGUUGGGCUCCACCUCCCGGCCCCACUUCCGCCGGGUGAGCGUCUGUAGGCGACGCUGCCGUAAAUCGGGCCGGAGGUUUGCCGCAUCACGGAAGAUGGCGGCCACGGCGGUGAACGGGGCGCCGGGCACCUCGAACUCGGGCCCUGCGGCGGCCUCGGGUGCAGUCCUGCAGGUCGCAGCCGGCAUGUACGAGCAACUUAAGGGCGAAUGGAACCGUAAAAGCCCCAAUCUUAGCAAGUGCGGUGAAGAGCUGGGCCGUCUCAAGCUGGUUCUGCUGGAGCUCAACUUCUUGCCAACCACAGGGACCAAGCUGACCAAACAGCAGCUCAUUCUGGCCCGUGACAUUCUGGAGAUUGGGGCCCAGUGGAGCAUCCUGCGCAAGGACAUUCCUUCCUUCGAGCGCUACAUGGCCCAGCUCAAAUGCUACUACUUCGAUUACAAGGAGCAGCUCCCCGAGUCAGCCUACAUGCACCAGCUCUUGGGCCUCAACCUCCUCUUCCUGCUGUCCCAGAACCGGGUGGCUGAGUUCCACACAGAGUUGGAGCGGCUGCCUGCCAAAGACAUCCAGACCAAUGUAUACAUCAAGCAUCCUGUGUCCCUGGAGCAAUACCUGAUGGAGGGCAGCUAUAACAAGGUGUUCCUGGCCAAAGGCAACAUCCCUGCUGAGAGCUAUACCUUCUUCAUUGACAUCCUGCUUGACACUAUCAGGGAUGAGAUUGCUGGGUGCAUCGAGAAGGCCUAUGAGAAAAUCCUUUUCACUGAGGCCACCCGGAUCCUCUUCUUCAACACACCCAAAAAGAUGACCGACUACGCCAAGAAGCGAGGGUGGGUUCUGGGCCUCAACAACUACUACAGCUUUGCCAGCCAGCAGCAGAAGCCAGAAGAUACCACCAUCCCCUCCACGGAACUGGCCAAGCAGGUCAUCGAGUAUGCCCGGCAGCUGGAGAUGAUCGUCUGAGCCCGCCCGGCACCGGGCUGGGGCCGGGCUUGCCGUAUUUAAAGCAGUGGCAGGGCAGGGCUUCCUCCAAUAAAGGUGGAUUGACAUUC